UAAAGAGAAACUAUAAAUUGAAAAAUUUUGUUAAAUAUAGUUUUAUUACAAUUUGUUUGAUUAUUUGCUUAACUAUUGUGUGCUUUUAAUUAAAUAAUAUAUCAAUAAUGAAUACAUUGAUCGUAUUGUCGGCUCUGUUAGCUGUGACCACUGCCACAUAUGUUGGCGGCUAUGGAGGAUAUGGCGGUUACGGUGGCGGCUAUUAUGGCGGUUAUGGCAAAGGCUAUGGCGGUGGCUAUUAUGGUGGCGGCGGUGGUUACGGUGGUAAGGGCUACGGCGGAUACGCCUUGAUUGGUGGCUACGGACUGGGCGGCGGCUAUGGAAAAGGUUACGGCGGCGGUUAUGGUGGCUAUUAUGGCGGCGGUUAUGGCGAUGGAUACUAUGGUGGCGCCUAUACUACCAAAACAGUAGUAGCGGCCGCACCCGUUGUUACCAAAGUUGUUGCCGCACCUAUUGUGACCAAAGUUGUGGCCGCACCGGUAGUUAAGWCGUACGCCGUAGCUGCUGCACCAGUUGCCUACCUGAGCGGCGGCUAUUACGAUGGCGGCUACGGUAAAGGUGGAUACGGUGGUUAUGGCUAUGGAGGCUAUGGCGGCUAUGGUAAGGGCUCAUACGUUGUCGAUGGCGGCUAUGGCGGUUAUGGUGGUUAUGGUAAGGGUGCCUACGUUGUCGAUGGCGGCUAUGGUGGUGGUUAUGGCAAAUAUUAUAAAAAAUAAAUAAAUACUAAACUGAUGCUAUCGAUUGGAUAAUGGGAAGAUAGAGAGAGGGAGAGAGAGGAGGGGUGGAAAUGGAUGUUAAAUGUGUGUAAAUUUCAUACAUUAUUAUUUUUUUAAGCUCAAAAUUAAUCACUAAUUUAAAUAUCUGCCAUUUGAUUUGAUUGACUGCCAAAUUGUCUAUUUAAUAAUUAUAGUGUGAAAAAACUAAAUUAUUUCAAAAUAUAAUCCAAAAAAAACUGAAUUAA